GUCAGUCCAGAACACGCGAAUCCAUGAUGGCGGCCCUCUGUAUAGCUCGUAGCAGCCGCGGAAUGAUAAAUGGGUUGAGGGUCUCUCUCAGGAGUUUACCGCAAGUAAAAUAUGGCGCAGCGUGCGUACCAAUGGCCCGGACAAAUCUCCCAUGGGACUGUCGCUGGUACUCCGUCAGCCAUAUGUCCGUUAAGGAGAGGAUUGAAAAGAAACGGAAGGCGGCGCUAGUCGGGGGAGGUCAGAAGAGAAUAGAUGCACAACAUAAAAGGGGGAAGCUGACUGCCAGGGAGCGAGUGGAGCUCCUUCUGGACCCUGAAUCCUUCAUGGAGACCGACAUGUUUGUGGAGCACCGCUGCUCUGACUUUGGCAUGGAACAGGACAGCAACAAGUUUCCAGGUGACAGCGUUGUGACGGGCAGAGGCAGGAUCAACGGCAGGCUGGUCUACGUGUUCAGCCAGGACUUUACAGUGUUUGGGGGCAGCUUGUCUGGAGCACAUGCGCAGAAAAUCUGUAAGAUCAUGGAUCAGGCCAUGACCGUUGGGGCCCCUGUGAUCGGACUGAAUGACUCCGGAGGAGCUCGAAUCCAAGAGGGUGUGGAGUCCCUGGCUGGAUACGCCGAUAUAUUCCUGAGGAAUGUGUUGGCCUCAGGAGUCAUCCCUCAGAUCUCCCUCAUCAUGGGUCCCUGUGCAGGAGGUGCCGUCUACUCUCCCGCCCUGACAGACUUCACCUUCAUGGUUAAGGACACGUCGUACCUGUUCAUCACUGGACCAGAUGUUGUGAAGUCAGUCACCAACGAAGAUGUGACUCAAGAGGAGCUUGGUGGAGCCAAAACUCACACCACAGUGUCUGGUGUAGCCCACUGUGCUUUUGAGAAUGACGUUGAGGCUUUGCUCAACCUGCGGGAAUUCUUCAACUUCCUGCCGCUGAGCAAUCAGGACCCAGCUCCCAUCAGGGAGUGCCAUGACCCCAGCGACCGUCUGGUGAAGUCGCUGGACACCAUUGUCCCCUUUGAGUCAACAAAAGCCUACGACAUGCUGGACAUCAUUCACGCAAUAGUGGACGAGAAGGACUUCUUUGAGAUCAUGCCCACCUACGCCAAAAACAUAGUGGUGGGAUUUGCCAGAAUGAAUGGGCGCACCGUGGGCAUCGUGGGGAAUCAGCCCAAAGUGGCCUCUGGUUGUCUGGACAUCAACUCCUCGGUAAAGGGAGCCCGCUUUGUGCGCUUCUGUGACGCCUUCAACAUUCCCAUCAUCACCUUCGUGGAUGUGCCGGGCUUCCUGCCAGGCACUGCCCAGGAGUACGGAGGCAUCAUCAGGCACGGGGCCAAGCUGCUGUACGCCUACGCAGAAGCCACAGUACCAAAAAUAACAGUUAUCACCAGAAAGGCCUACGGAGGAGCCUAUGAUGUCAUGAGCUCCAAACACCUGAGGGGAGAUGUGAACUACGCCUGGCCAACGGCUGAGGUCGCCGUCAUGGGCGCCAAGGGCGCCGUCCAGAUUAUUUUCAGAGGGAAGGCAAACCAGGCAGAAGCCGAGGCCGAGUAUGUGGAGAAGUUUGCCAACCCCUUCCCUGCAGCUGUCAGAGGUUUUGUUGACGACAUCAUCGAGCCGGCGACCACUCGUAAGAAGAUCUGCAGCGACCUGGAGGUGCUCGCCAGCAAAAAGCAGGUCAACCCCUGGAAGAAGCACGCCAACAUUCCUCUAUGAGCCACAUCCAGGCGGCACAAAAACCGCUGCGGAAAGGCGCCCGCUGGUCUCGACACACACAAACGAACGGCAGGGCCCCACCGGGCAGAUGUCGGUCAUCCCCGUCUCUCCUCCCAGUUUACCACUCCACUGAGGUUAAGAUCCAUUUCAAAACAACAUCUGGAUGAACUGAGCUAAAUAACUGUAGACCAGUACAGUUUAAAUGCAUCGCCAGGUCAGCCGUGCCCAUAUUGGUCACUACAGUUAAUUCUUCACAAAUUUGCCUACACAUGCCUCCUAAAAACAGUCAGUUUGGUAGUUUAUCAGACACAUUUUGUGUCCCUUUCUUCCACAUAGUGUUUCUAGAGGUACAGUAUUUAGUUUGUUUUUUUGUGAUCCUUAUGAAUGCAUUUGGUAUGUCUGUCCUUCAUUUAUGUAUUGGGAAAGAAAACAUUCUCUACAACCUGGAAAUGUGCCUUUUGGAAAUGAGCCUCUGCUCAAAUAAUCACUGUAAAAUAAAUCACUCUUACUGGUGGAAUUGUUCUUAUUUUUAGUCAGCGCAGUUUUGAAGAGAUUUGACAACUAUGUUACCCCACAAAUUUGAUUUUUAAUAAAAAAUAAAAGGUUCUG